GGGGCGGCCAUUUUGGGAGGCCGUCGCUUCGUGGCUGGUCGGUGGCGGAGGGGGCGGGCUCGGGCCCGGGGCUGCAGCGGCGGGUGACAGCGGCGGGGUGGGGGGGGGCAGCAGGCCAGCCGGUGAGUGUCGGGGCAAAGAGCCGCCACCCGGGGAUCGCACCGCCCGCCUGCCCCAGCCAUGUCGGACUUCGACAGCAACCCCUUCGCCGACCCGGACCUCAACAACCCCUUCAAGGAUCCUUCUGUUACACAAGUGACAAGAAAUGUUCCUCCAGGGCUAGAUGAAUACAAUCCUUUCUCUGAUUCAAGAACACCUCCUCCAGGAAAUGUAAAAAUGCCUAAUGUACCCAGUACACAGCCAGCAAUAAUGAAACCAACAGAAGAAUCACCUGCUUACACACAAAUUGCAAAGGAGCAUGCCUUGGCCCAGGCAGAACUGCUAAAGCGACAAGAAGAACUGGAAAGAAAAGCAGCUGAACUGGAUCGCAGAGAAAGGGAAAUGCAGAGUCUCAAUCAGCAGGGGGGUAGAAAAAAUAACUGGCCACCUCUCCCUGAGAAUUUUCCAGUAGGUCCUUGUUUCUACCAGGACUUUUCUGUGGACAUUCCUGUAGAAUUCCAGAAGACAGUAAAGAUUAUGUACUAUUUGUGGAUGUUCCAUACAGUGACACUCUUUCUUAAUAUCUUUGGAUGUUUGGCCUGGUUUUACGUUGAUGCUACGCGAGGGGUUGAUUUUGGAUUGAGUAUUCUCUGGUUCUUGCUUUUUACCCCUUGUUCUUUUGUCUGCUGGUACAGACCACUUUAUGGAGCUUUCAGGAGUGACAGUUCAUUCAGGUUCUUUGUGUUCUUCUUUGUGUAUAUCUGCCAGUUUGCUGUACAUGUACUUCAAGCUGCAGGAUUUCAAAGAUGGGGAAACUGUGGGUGGAUUUCAUCUCUGACUGGUCUUAAUAAGAGUAUUCCUGUUGGCAUUAUGAUGAUAAUCAUAGCUGCACUUUUCACAGCAUCUGCUGUUAUCUCGUUAGUAAUGUUUAAAAAGGUGCACGGUCUCUACCGCACGACUGGUGCCAGUUUUGAGAAGGCACAGCAGGAGUUUGCAACGGGAGUGAUGUCCAACAAGACUGUACAGACUGCUGCAGCCAACGCUGCCUCAACAGCAGCCACCAGUGCGGCUCAGAACGCGUUCAAGGGCAACCGGAUGUAGGAGAACGGAGUCACCACGGUUCUCUUCAACUGUGCUUCAUUUUCCAGUCACUUAGGUUAUUUCCUGAAAGCCUAGAUCAAAAUUCACACAGCAUGUUUGUCUCUCCUGCAGCUGUGCAUGGGUGAAUGGGAAAUGUUUGGUUUAUUAAAAACAUUAUUUAUUUUUAAAAAUGUAAUCAUUCUUUGCCUAUCUUUAAGAUGUUGCAUUCUAGACUACAAAGCCUUCUGUAUUUUAUUGGGGAUAAAUAAUUUCAGCAAUUAGCCUGAGAAUUACUUGUGAUAUAUAAUGAUCAGAUACAAGUAUUAAGAAUUUUAAGAAGGUUUUUAGUGGUUCACUCCCAUUUUUUUUUUUCUUAACUUCAGGAAAGCACUUUGGAUCAAUUAUUUUUCUUCAUAAGGACUGUUUUCCCUAUUUCUACUGUAAGAAGUGGGGUAGACUGAUGUAGAUGUAAAAACUUAGAUUUGGCUACUGCUUUUGCAAUUUCAGCAGCUGUUGGAGGAGAAAUACAAGUAGGGUAGAUAUAAAUUCUUUUCUUGGGUUUUUUUUAGGAUAAGUCUUUUGAUAUAAACCUGUAAGUUUGCAUGAAUACUGUUGUCUGACCUUGUUUAAAUAGAGUUUUGGUCCAGAACUUAACCUGCGCCACUUUAUAAUUCUGUUGUUUGUUUGUACCUAUUUUCAUGGAGUAUUCUCUGCCUGUGAGAAAUGACAAGGGUGCACAAACAUCCUCUCUGACAGAAUGUGUAACAGUGUACAGUUUAAGGAAGUUAAUGGAUGGCUUCGAUCACAGAGCUAAAUGGUUAUAUUUUUGCUAUUUUUAAUUUCAGUAUUCAUGUAUUGGGCUAACAAUUUUGCUGGAAAAGAAACCAAUAUUGACUUUUAGAAUGCUAGUUUCUUGCCCUCCUUCCCUCUUCUAUGUGCAGUGGUAUUUUUGUUGUACUUGGGAUUUUUUUGAUUUUUUUUUGAUUUUUAAAGUGUAGAUUUGUGUUUAACAGUGGUACUUAAUCUCUAGCCCAGUUAAUCACUUUGUUUGCUGCUUGUCCAAAAUCUUAAAUAGACAGGAUUUAGUUUUCUAAUAGGAAUAUUGUCUAAAACCAAACUUUUGAAGCAAUGGCAUUUAAGAGACAUCUGAAUUCAUUUUAACAUUGACUCAGCCAUCUCUGGUUUGUGACUUAAGCUGGGGAUAAAAAACUUUUAAACUAUUUUGAGUUGGAAAAGUGAGAAGUAGUCAUCUUUAAUGAAGUUAGUUUUUAACUCAUAGAGCUGGAGUCCUAGGAUGUUAAAUUGUUGCUGUGGAACUGAACAAUCCAAAAUGGUACAUAAUAUCAUAAUGUUCUAGAAUAUAAUUAGGUCUUAGUGUAACAUCAUGUUUCGUUUCUCUUCUUUGAAGACUAUUUAUAUUCCUCGAUUGCCUCCUAAGUCUUAUGCACAAAGCUUGGGCUGUUUAUGCAAACUCUCUUUUAGGAAAUGAAAUCGGGAAGGACCACAUCCAGCAACCUUAAGAGUAUACACUGUGGCUGAAAUUAAUUCACCUCUCAAGGUGAAUUACCUUCCAUACAAAAGCAUAAAAUUCUGAAGCCCUUCCAUUGGCUUGAAUGUGUACCAGCUUUCACAGAUGCUUUUUCACUACAUGUGUUCAUAAUAGAAGAAGAGCAUUACAAAAAAUAAACCCCCUGACUUAAUCGCUGGAUCUGUAUUGUAGUGCUAGUGUGAAGUCCCUGUUAGUCUCCUUUCUUUUACUAAGUUCUUUAAAUCCAGCUUGAAUUUCAAUAAAUAUUAUAGUUUCAUUUAUGCUGAAGUUCAUAAUAAUGAAUAUACUUGGGUCUGAGUGUUCUCUAUAUAACUGAAUUAAAAAUAAUUUAAUAUUCUGUGUAAUAGCUCUAAAAUUUCAUACCAGCAGACAUGCUAGCAUUGAACUUAAAUUUGUGUGGAACAUUAUUCAAAGCUUUCCAGAUGAAUGCCACCUUUUCCUGUUGAGAUCAGGCAUCCUUCUUACAGGGUUAUUCUUUUCAUAUUCUUUUAAAUUUAACUUGAGGGUUUUAUCUAGAAACUCUGCUCUGGAUUGCUUUUAAAUCUAAAUCUAAGCAAUUCUCUGUCUCUUGGAUAGGAAUCCCAGGGACAUCACUGUUGCAACUUGAAGAUUGCUUAAUAAUGUACAUUAACUCAAUAUUAUGAAAAAAAACCAAACCAAAACACCAAGGGAUAAAACUUAAUUUUGGCAGAUAGAUGUUUUUUUUCCCCAAAUAUGUUUAAGGGCUCUUUGAGAAAGCAUACCUAAUGUUCUGAAUACAGUGCUGAUUUCUAAUGUCAUGGGUGAAACGUACAGAUUAAACCAUCUUCAUGAAAUUCGAGGUGUGAUUACACAUAAAUCGUUUAAACCAGAAACCUCUGACACUUUGCGGCCCAGAAGGGAGGGAGGAGUUUUGAGUUUAGCUUUGACAACAGAAGGCUGGUAUUUGUUAAAAUAUUUUAUACCUAACAGAAGCUCAAUUUUACAAUCUCUUAUUAAGUACAGUAUGGUGCCCACUUAAGUUGUCAUUUUAUAGUAUGGUGGCAAACUGAGUACAAAGGAUAAAGUUUCAACACUGGAAUGUCAGUCAUUGAUCUGUAAUUCAGGAGUUGGUUUUAUUUAUCUGAGGGAUGUUUGUAUAUUUUGUAAAAUACUAACAAUGCUCUACCAUUCUGGUGAAUGUCAUGGUGCUGUACAAAUGCACUUCUGUCCCUCCGUUGCAUGUCUGAGUAGUUCACAAGUUUUGUAUAUUUAUUGUAUUAACAGAGUGUCAUAGAAUAAAAGAAGACUUUUUUCCUGGG